AUUGCGUCAUAACCAAAAAAACUAGGGCUUUUCUAUUAUGGCAUCGUAUCACCAAAAUUAGAAAACUUGAGAAUGAUAGUGUUCCCAUCAAAAAGAAAAAAAGAAAAAAGAAUGAUAGUGUUGUUAAUAGCCUUGUAGCUCAAGUGACAUAUUUUGGUAUUUGCAAUAGAAACAUUCGAAGUUAAAAAAGAAGACAGUACCAUAUAAGAUUACCAAUCAAAGAUUUACAUUGGCAAAUAUUGCUUUGUGGGCGUGUAGGAUUGGAAAUCGCUAUGUGUAGUGAUAACCACUGCUCACCCAUAAUUAUACGACAGCAACACACAUGCCAUGUUUGUUGCUUCUCUUAUCAACAUGCCAAGUAUUUCUCAUGCACACGGCCUACACAACUAUAAACACGCAUGCACAAAGGGUGCACAAAGCACAAUAAUUGUAACAAACAAACACACACACACACACAGCUAUGAACAUCGAUUCGGAUUUUAAGUUAUGGGCCACUUUGUUCCUCUGCAUGUUGGUGCCGUUUCUGUGCAAUGCUGGAUUGGUCUCUGCUGAGGAAGGAGAGCAUGUGCGUGUGCUUACGUUGGAUCACUCCAAUUUCACUGACAUUGUCUCCAAACUCAACUUCAUUGUUGUCAAGUUCUAUGCUCCAUGGUGUAACUUUUCUAUGAAGCUUGCUCCAGAGUAUGAAAAAGCUGCUUGCAUUUUGAGUAGCCAUGAACCUCCAGUCAUUCUGGCAAAAAUAGAUGCAAAUGAUGAAGCAAAUGAGGCACUUGCAGACGAAUUUGACAUAAGGGCUUUCCCUACUCUUAAGAUUUUAAGAAAUGGAGGAAAGAAUAUUCAAGAAUAUAAAGGCCCUCAUGAAGCUGAUCAUAUAGUAGCUUACAUGAAAAAGCAAGUUGCACCUGCAUCAGUUGAAAUAAAAUCUGUGGAAGAUGCUGCUAGCCUUAUUGGCGAAAACAAGAUCUUAAUUAUUGGAAUUUUUCCACAAUUCUCUGGGGAGGAAUUUGAUAACUUCACUGCUUUAGCAGAAAAUUUGCAUUUUGACUAUAAGUUUGGUCGCACUUUGGAUGCCAAACUCCUUCCAAAGGGUGGAUCUUCAGUGGACAGGCCAACAGUGAGAUUGAUAAAACCAUUUGACGAACUGUUUGUUGAUUUCCAGGAUUUUAAUGUGGAUGCUUUGGAGAAGUUUGUUGAAGAAGCUAGUUUGCCUAUUGUGACUCUUUUGGACAAGGAUCCAAGUAACCAUCCAUUUGUUAUCAAGUUCUUCAACAGCCCUAAUGCCAAGGUGAUGCUAUUUUUGAACUUCACUGGCGAUCAUGUUGAUAGUUUCAAGUCAAAAUUUCAUGAUGUAGCUUUGCACAACAAAGGAAAGGGCAUAAGCUUUCUAAUAGCUGACGUUGAGGCGAGCCAAGGGCCACUUGAGUACUUUGGAUUCAAUGAUGACCUGGUACCUCUCCUCUUCAUACUAAAAAAUGAUGGUCAGAAGUACCUUAAACCAAACUUGGAGCCGGAACAUAUUGCACCUUGGUUGAAGCAAUACACGGAUGGAAAUUUAAAGCCAUUCAUAAAGUCACAGCCCAUUCCUGAAACUAAUAUUGAGCCUGUGAAAGUGGUUGUUGCUGAAAGCCUACAUGACAUGGUUUUCAACUCUGGAAAAAAUGUUCUGCUAGAGUUUUAUGCACCUUGGUGUGGACUUUGCAAGAAACUGGCCCCAAUUUUGGAAGAAGUUGCUGGCUCAUUUGAAAAUGAUACUGAUGUUCUCAUUGCAAAACUGGAUGCGACUGAAAACGACAUCCCAAGCGAUAGCUUUGAGGUACUAGGAUACCCAACUUUGUACUUUAAAUCUACAAGUGGCAUCCUGUUGAAGUAUGAUGGGAAUAAAACAAAGGAGGAGAUCAUUGAUUUUAUUCAGAAGAAUCGGGACCAGACGGUCCAAGUCCAACCAGAUACAACAGUGAACGAUGAACUGUGAUUAAGUAGUGCUUCCAACUAUAAAAGGAGAUACUUGUAUGGCGGAUUUUACUUGACAACAUUAGCGAGUCUUCACAAUCUUUUUGCAGUAGGAAGAAAAUAAGAGAUGCAAGACAGUCUCAAGUAGUGCUACAUGUAAUUCUCAGUUUUUCCAUUAUCAAAAAAUCCUUAGCUUUGCCAUAGUUUCCUUAGCUGUGACAUCGUGUACUUUUUACCAAACAUUUAUUUUAGUUCCAUUUAGCAUGUAUCUAUUGUGAAUCCUCUCUCUAUCUAUUUGGGAUGGUUAAAGUUGGGCGGGCUAGCACCGUUAGGAUUCACCUAGUAAUCUUACUUUUGAUUUUUUAGCCAACCAUUUAAUAAGACACAAAAAUAAUACAUGCUAUGUUUAAUCCAUGAAUGGAAUAAAGGAAACUUUUGUAAUCUUAA